AUGAACGGCAUGAGCGGAUCUUCCUCGGCAGCUUCAGCACCUUCACCGUCGGCGUUCUUCAACCAUCACCGCCGUCAUCACGGUGGCAUGAUGCACAUGACUUUCUUUUGGGGGACAAACACGGAGGUUCUAUUCGAUGGCUGGCCAGGGACCAGUCUGACCAUGUAUUGGGUCUGCCUCGCCGUCAUUUUCGUUGUAUCAGCUGCCUCGGAGUGGCUUUCUCGCUGUGGAGCUAUGAAAGCCGGUCCGGCUAGCUUUGGUUUCGGGCUAGUCCAGACGGUAGUAUACACCGUGAGGGCUGGCUUGUCUUAUUUGGUUAUGUUGGCUGUGAUGUCGUUCAAUGGAGGAGUAUUCUUGGCUGCAAUGGCUGGUUUCGGAUUAGGGUUUAUGAUCUUUGGAAGUAGGAGUUUUAAGAACACUAGUAAUAACAAUCACACCGAGGUUCAAUCACAUUGUUGA